AUGUCUGAAUUCGGUGAAGAUCCGCCCGUAGACCUCAUUCUGGAGGCUAUUGAUGGUGAGUUGUACGGACCUAAGCAACCGAAAGUCAUUCUCUUUGACAUUGGUGGUGUUUGUGUCGUUUCUCCCUUUCAAGCAAUCUUGGACUAUGAAUUGAGCCUCGGCAUUCCUCCAGGGUGGAUCAAUCAUUCGAUUUCCAAAUCUGCUCCCAAUGGCUUCUGGCAUCGUCUUGAGCGCGGUGACAUUGCCAUGGAUGAAGCUUUUUUCGAGGGCUUCAAUCGUGAUUUGCACAGACAGUCUUUAUGGGAAGCCUUCUACGAGCGGGAGAGAGCAAAGAACCCCAAACUUGACGAUCAAAUCCCUCCGCUGCCUGCGCUUGACGGCGAGUGGCUUUUUAACGCGAUGAUGUCUGGAUCCGUCAAGCAUGACCCUUGGAUGUUCCCUGCCUUGCAAGCACUCAAGGCGAAAAAUAAGUACAUUAUUGGUGCUCUCAGCAACACCGUCAUUUUUCCGCCCGGUCACGCGCUUCACCAAGCCGACUUCUUCUCCGGCCCCCUCAAAGGACUUUUUGACGUAUUCGUCUCGUCUGCGCAUGUUGGUCAUCGCAAGCCGGAACCCAGCAUUUACCAACUUGCGACGAAGAGGCUUGACGAAUUCGCCAAGCGCAAUGCCGACUCACCUCGUAACAGCAACCUGGGAUGGGAGUCUGGCGUAAAGGCGACCGAGAUUCUCUUCCUGGACGACAUCGGAGAGAACCUCAAGGCUGCCAAGAAGGAAGGCUUUAACACCAUCAAGGUAAAUCUGGGCAGAACCUUUGAGGCGGUAGAGGAAUUGGAAAAGAUUACAGGACUGGAACUAGAGGGAGACCACCCGAAGAUUCCAGUCAAACCCAGAUUCACACGUGUCAAGACGUCAAAGAUCUGA